UACUUAAUUUUCUCUAUUCUUCUUUUUUCUUCCACGCUCUGACGCUUUCCAUUUCCACUGCUCAAACUGAAAAACACUGGAAGAAAAUUGGCUCCUCCACUCAAAGAGGAAGUCAAAAUUCAGGGGUUUUCAUUAAUUUAACAUCCAUUAAUGAAAAUUUUAAAAUUCUCAAUCUAAUUUGUUAGUAAUUUUAAUUAAUCCUCUGCCUCAAUUUCCUAUGGCUGAUGAUUCUGAUUCUUCUCCUCUGGUCCCUCCCUCUCCGAUCGCCGACCCCAACGAGAUCGACCUCGAGGCCGGCCCCGGCGACCAAAUUCAGUGUCGAAUUUGCCUUGAAACCGACGGUAGGGAUUUUAUUGCACCAUGCAAAUGCAAAGGAACAUCAAAGUAUGUGCAUCGGGAAUGCUUGGACCAUUGGCGGGCUGUUAGGGAAGGGUUUGCAUUUGCUCAUUGCACAACCUGCAAGGCCCCUUACCAUUUGAGAGUUCAUGUUGCUGCUGAUAGGAAAUGGCGAACUCUGAAAUUUCGGUUCUUUGUGACUAGAGACAUAGUGUUUAUAUUUCUAGCCGUUCAGCUUGUUAUUGCUUCACUUGCAUAUUUGGUGUAUUUAAUUGAUAGUUAUCAGCAUUCCUGGCUUCGACAUGCAUGGGGCUUGGAUAAUGAGCUUAGUUUCUAUUACAUAUGUGGUGCACUAUUGUUUUUUGCUUUGCUGGGGCUGUCUGGGUGCUUCAUUACUUGUUAUGAUCGAAGAGUUCGCAAUGAUUUGGCGCAGCCUUGCCGAGAAUUAUGUCUUUGUUGCUGUCAGCCUGGAAUGUGUGCAGACUGCCAUUUACCUGGCACUCUUUGUAUGUGGACUGACUGUACCACUUGCUUUGAAAGUUGUGCAAGUGCUGCUGGUGAAUGUGGUUGCUUGGGAGGUGCUGGUGAAGCAGGGCUACCAUUGUUAUUUAUAAUGGCUUUGAUUGUUCUGGGACUAUUUACGGUGAUAGGCAUAUUCUAUAGUGUUUUAGUAGCUACUAUGGUUGGACAGCGAAUUUGGCAACGGCAUUAUCACAUACUUGCAAAGAGGAUGCUCACAAAAGAAUAUGUUGUAGAGGAUGUCGAUGGUGAGAUGACGGGAUCUGAUUGGUCUCCUCCGCCACUUCCGCCUGAGCAUGUUCAGCAGCUGAAAAAUCUGGGUCUGUUAUGAGUAAAGGAGGCGAUAUCAUUUAUCACAGCACAGGAAUAACAUACUCUAGAGAUGGACUGGUACUCUAUUUUGGUAGGUCACUCUGUACCGCGAGCCUUUGGACUUUAUUUAGUGCAAAAUACCUAGGUAAGAAAAUAUCAAAGGCGCUUUGAUGUUCUUCAAAAUUACAUUUACAAAUUUGUAAAGGAUAAUUUGUGAAAACUGAAACAAGGUGUCCUGAAAUUAACUAACAAAACAUGUUUCUUCAUCUAUUUCAUGUCUGUAACCUAUCAAAGAAGAAAAAAAAAAAUUCUGUAUUAUUAUAUUUGUUUAUAGCAUUAAGCAUUACUUGUAAGAAUUUGUAUGGUA